AGAUCCGUAUGAUGUAAAUAAUUAAACCUAUAUAUACAUAUAUAUAUUUAUAUAUAGCAGCCCUAUAUAUUAUGAAAUUUCACACGGAGACAGUAGGCACGCCGAGCGAGUGACUAAGAGAACUUUUGCUGAGUCAACUCUGCCAUGUAUCAACCUAACAACCAGCUUUCAAUUCAUACAAAGUCAUUGUCUAUUAAAGAUUCAUCAGCGUUGAUGCAAGUGGAUCAGAAAGAAACUAGUGUAGUUGUAAAGGAUGAAAUGCAAAAUGGAGGAUUUUCACAGGCAGAAUCAAUCAUCUACCACUCUAAGAAACUUCAAGAUGAUCUGCAAACAAUAGGAAUGAAAAUCAAACAGCAUGAGGAAAACAUUAAGUUUCUGAACUCCAAGAGAGCCAAAUUAGAUGACGAAAUUGUGGAUUUGAAAGUAUUUUUAAACAGUCAUCACCCUUCAAGCACACCUAAGAUCGAAAAUGAGGCCCAUUCAGACCUCCAGUCCGAGGAAGAAACAACUGAACAGAUUCUACGGCAUGAAAAAUCUGCCGCAGGCAUUAUAUGCCAGCUGAAAACUCGUCAUGGUUCUCAGGCCUCCCAUCUUACAUUGAUCAAGGAUGUGCUGGGUAUUGUUGCUACACUUGCAAAAGUAGACGAUGAUAAUCUUAGUAGACUUUUUUCAGAGUACUUAGGAGCGGAGACUAUGCUUGCAAUUGUUUGUAAGACUUAUGAAGGUGUCAAAGCUCUAGAAGUUUAUGACAGAGAAGGCUUCAUUAAUAAAAAUUCUGGUCUUCACGGACUUGGUGCUUCUAUUGGGAAGACUUUGGAAGGGCGAUUUAUUGUUAUUUGUCUUGAUAACUUAAGACCAUAUGCUGGUGAAUUUAUAUCUGAUGACCCCCAAAGAAGGCUUGAUCUUCAUAAACCACGGUUACCUAAUGGAGAGCAUCCACCUGGCUUUCUUGGCUUUGCUGUAAAUAUGAUCACUGUGGAUAAUUCAUAUUUAUUUUGUGUCUCAUCCAGUGGUCAUGGCCUCAGGGAGACUCUAUUUUAUAAUCUUUUCUCUCGUUUGCAAGUAUAUAAAACUAGGGCAGACAUGGUAAGUGCCCUCCCUUGCAUUAGCGAUGGAGCCCUUUCUUUAGAUGGAGGAAUGAUUAGGACUACUGGUGUAUUUUCCCUGGGUAACCGGGAAGAUGUAGAUGUGAGAUUUCCGAAACAGUUGGUGACAUCAAGCCUGCCUGAAAGCUAUAUUGAAUCAGAGAAGCAAAUCAAGGAGAUAAAAUGGAAGAAAGAAAAAUUGCUCGAAGAUAUAAAGAGAGAACAGGCAUUAUGGGACAAUGCAAAGUUCAGUUUUAAUAAAAAGAAGGAAGAGUUUCUCAAGUUCCUGGCUGAAAGUUCAUCAUAUGCAUCCCAGCACCAAAUUCAUGCAGCUCAAAGUAGAUUAACCCCAAGAUGAGUUGUAAAUAGAAAAAGUAAUGGACUUAGCUACAACUCUUAACAAUUUUCGGAGAUGGGAUUGUCCGUUGUCAUAAAUACACAGUUUCAGCUUGAGCUCCUGGCUUGAAUCCACCUUCUUGUGUCUUUGUGAAUGUGGAGAAUAUGAGAUGGGGGAUUGAAAGGCAAUGCAUUUCCGGUGUCAAGUGAAAAUAUGUGUUUUCUAAAUUAGGUUCAGCUGAGGCAUAAAGCAUCCCUUGUCCUUACCAUGCUCAUGGGUCUAUUGUAAUGCAUAUAUUUUUCAUUGGAAACCUUUUCUUUUUUAUUUGAAAUGUGUUCCAUGGGCAUUUUAUUUCA